UCAGGUAGUGAUUCUUAUUCCAUCUGGGAUAAAAUGUGAGCCUGUGCGUUCUCACCGUGCUAGAUGAGGCUGACGCCACUACUUAUACCGUGAUAUCGUCUUGCUAUCGCCAUCUUGAUCUCACCUUCUUCUGCCUUCAAAUCAGAUACCAACAGGUUAAGCCAAGUCCAUAAUCACCUCUCAGGUUCAAACACGAUGUCAGCGGAAAUAUGGCAGGAUGUUCCCCUCGCUCCACCCGACAGCAUUUUCAAAUUGACAGCGGCAUACAAGGCGGACACGUUUCCUCAGAAGGUUAAUCUCGGUGUUGGAGCAUAUAGAGAUGAUGACAACAAACCUUGGGUUCUUCCUGUUAUCAAGAAGGCCACACAAAUCAUUGUGAAUGACCCUGAUAUCGAUCACGAAUACCUCCCCAUCACAGGUUUACCAGAGUUCACUGCUGGUGCGGUGAAGCUCAUUCUUGGUGCCGAUUCGCCUGCUAUCGCAGAAGGACGCGCCGUUAGCGUGCAGACCAUCUCCGGAACUGGCGCAAACCACUUGGGAGCCUUGUUUCUAAGCAGGUUCUAUCAUUGGGACGGCCCCAAGCAGAUUUACUUGAGUAAUCCCACCUGGGCUAACCACCAUGCCAUUUUCAAGAAUGUUGGAAUCCAACCUGUAGAUUAUCCUUACUAUGACCCGGCCACCAUUGGCCUAGACUUCAAUGGUUUCAUUGGAUCGCUACAAAGUGCUGCGCCGCGCUCGGUCUUUUUGCUGCACGCUUGUGCCCAUAACCCCACAGGAGUUGACCCCACUCGUGACCAAUGGAAACACAUCGCUGAAGUCAUCAUCGCUAAAAACCAUUAUGCAUUCUUCGACUGCGCAUACCAGGGCUUUGCGAGCGGUGACCUCAACAACGAUGCGUGGGCAGUUAGAUACUUCGUGGAGAAGGGUGUGCCGAUGCUUGUGUGUCAGAGCUUCGCCAAGAAUGCAGGUCUGUACGGCGAGCGGAUUGGUGCGCUGCACAUCGUCCCCCCUACCAAGGAUGCUGCAGACCGUGUCAAGAGUCAGCUAUCAGUUUUACAGCGCAGUGAAAUCAGCAAUCCACCCUCCUACGGUGCACGCCUGGUCUCGCUUAUUCUCAACGACAGUGCCUUGUUUAACGACUGGAACCGUGAUAUCAAGACCAUGGCUGAGCGAAUUAUAUCCAUGCGGAAUGAGCUCUAUCGACUCCUGACGGAGGAGCUGAAAACGCCAGGCAGUUGGGUUCAUAUCAUCAACCAGAUUGGCAUGUUUAGGUGAGUUCGUGCUAUUGGUCACACAUAUUGGCGCCGGAGUGUAGCGUGGACGGCGCGAAGCAUACCCUGGGAAUGAGCACAGUACUGAUAACGGGUAACAGCUUCACUGGAAUCAACCCGUCUCAGUCGCAAGCACUGAUAGAUACAACAUAAGGUACUUUGCAGAGAGCUUGGACAAGGUGGUGAGGGGCCAGGUUUGAACGACUUUCCCAGGGACUGGCACGAUACUUUGGGGGCAGAGAC